AUGGCAUCCGCUAUGGGCGACUUGUCGCUGAGCCGACGUGAUCUCAACGUCCUCGAGAAAAUCAAAGACCCAGAGUCGGAUCCAACCACUGCUGUCGUCAUCGACCCUUCGCUGCCCAGAGAUCCCCAGAUCACCGACUCUCAAGUCUACGACCGCGUUUCCCGCAAAGAGCGCGAGAUCAUCAUGGCCAUGCAGCAACUGGAAAUGCAGAUUGCAGGCCUGAAGCCCCUUGUAUCAGAACCCGUUGACGAGUAUCGCCGCUGUGUGGCGAGUCUAGGGGAACUCAUCACCCAGCAACCCCAAUACGCCAGCGCGCGGAACAACAGAGCGCAGGCAUUGCGCCGGCUUCACGGCGACACAAUGCUGCUUCAGGGACACAAGGACCCGCGGGCCUUGAUCAAGGACGCCGAAGAGAGUGACAGAGCCGAGGCUGCAGCUACGGCAUUAGGCGAUCUGGAUGAAGUGGUCAAGCUUCUGACGCCGCGAAGCUUGUAUGCUGGCAUGUCGCCACAAGCUUGCAAGACUCUUUCGAUGGCCCACACCCAGAGGGCCGCAAUCUACUACACUUCAGCCAAGAUGGUCGCCAACGGCACAUCCAUAUCCGCAGGUGGUAGGGUCGAAGAAAGCUGGAGCAAGAUAGAGUUCGAGGAGAGAGCGUCUCGGGACUUUGCCAUGGGCGGACGAUAUGGAAACGAAGUUGCAAAGGGACUUGCGGUGGCCACAAAUCCGACUGCCAAAUUGUGUGGCCAGAUUGUCCGGGAGGCGAUGAAAAAGGAGUAUGGUCCAGGCUUUGAAGCAUAG